UACAGGAAGUGGACAGAGGGACCUUGGAGUUUCUGCUCCUGUGUUACUGAGCAGUUGCUCGGAAAUUACCCUCAUUCAUUUAUUUCAAAGGGAAACUCCUGACUCAGCAGCGGGAUGUGCACUUUUGAUAAGGACAAAGGGCCGCGGAGGCUGAUGAAAAAAGGAUUAACUCUCAUCCUCGUCGGCCAUAUCAACUUCAUCCUUGGAGCUAUUGUCCAUGGCAAUGUCCUCCGCCACAUAUCCAAACCUAGUCAGCAUAUCACCACUGAGUACACUGUAGCCAACAUAAUCUCCGUCACCUCUGGCCUGCUGAGCAUUGCCAGUGGGAUUAUUGCCAUUGUGGUGUCAAGGAACCUUAAUGUGAUAAAACUGCAAAUAGGACUUCUGAUUGCGUCCUUCCUGAACGCCCUGCUCUCAGCAGCAUGUUGCACCGGGCUCCUCUUUGCCAUCAGUGUCACUAUUGCUCACAAUGGCGAGGGUUUGAUGCUGGGAUGUAAUGACACAGAGGUACCCAUCAACGCUCGGUCACCUGUUAGUGCCCGAUGCCCGUUUGAUACAACACGGAUCUAUGACACCACUCUGGCGAUGUGGAUCCCUUGCGCUUUCUUGGCAGCAGUUGAGGCUGGAGUGUCUGUCUGGUGCUUCAUCGUCGGAUUGGCUCUCAGAGGCCUGGCACCCUUUGGGAACAGCUACAUCAAAGAGCAGCUGGAAGAGGAGGCUGAGUGCACUCCCCACAGCCAACGCCUGAUUGGACAGCACGUGAACCCUGAUGCCUAACUGAACAGAAAACAGAAAGGACGCCACUCCAUGUAGACAAGCACAGCCAAAUCCCUGCACCUGUACUGAGACCAGUAGAUUUUGCCCUGCAGUCAGCUAGGUGAGUGUCACCGUGGAACAGGAGCGAAACCAGUUUUAAGAUUCUGGUUCUGGCUUAACGGGAAUGUACAGCCUUAUACCCUGACUCAAAGAUGAGCUACCUAAUGGCUCUUUGUUUUUAUCCGAAACUAAAUAGAUAAUCUUGUGUGUGAAGUUGUGAGCAGAAUACAGUUGGAUUAAAGCUGUAGUUGCUAACUUAUAAAAAAAACCCUUUUUGUCAUAUUUGCUGAAACUGUCACUGUAUCCUGACAGCAGUAUGUCAGUCUGUGGAACAAAAUUAAGGGUCUCUGCUCCCUCAUAUUGCUUCUAAUGGCAUUACCACAGGUGAAGGAAAACAACCAAUCAGAGCUGAGAAGUCUCUAAUGCAACUGUCGUCAAACUGUCAGACAAGGCAGCGCUGAUCAAAUAUGAAUAAAGAUAGCUGUAAAAUGAGACAGUUUGCUCUGGCUGGUGGGCAUUUUUUAUACGGGCUCUAAUGUAUCCAACAUGGCAGUCGUGUCACGUUACAAACAUUCUCAUUUUACAGCUAAACAGUACACUAAAACAUGUUUUUGAAAACAAUUAAGGCAAAAAAUAGGCAAAGCAGUAACAGAAUCUUGAUUCACAUUUGAUCAGCGCUGCCUAUUGUGACAGUUUGACCACAGUUCACAAUCAGUGUUUGAGAGCUUCAUUAGAGACUCCUCAGCUCUGACUAAUUGUUUUCACUUAGCCUCGGUAGAUUCUAGCAAAUGCCAUUAGAGGCAGUAGGAGGAGGAGGGCGGCCAUGAUUUUUUCACAGACCAUCUAUAAUACCGUGUGUAAGUAUUUACAUACUCAACAAAUAUGACUAAAGGUUAUUUUCAUGGAAGUUCCCAACUGUAGCUUUAAUGUCAGUGCAGCUGUACCCAAUGAAACACAUUAAUGGAAAUUUAAUUUGAAGUGACACAUCAGGAAGCUCGCAUCAUUUUUGUUCCGGUAGGUGCAUUUCAAAGUGCAGAUCCUUUCGUGCAGAUUAUAGGAUUAAAUGCAUAUAUACGUGUGUGAACGCUAAUCUUAGGUAUAAUGUGGUCUUAUCAGUAUCCAUCCAUGACCGUUUGGAUUGUACCAAAACGUGGCGUGUCUUUCAGUAUGAAGGAACCUCCUGUUUAUGAAGAAACUACAUUUUUAUAUCUAGCAGAACAGUUUUAGAUUAUUUUUAUCCGAAUGAAGGUGUAUUUUAGCUUUUUCAUUUUCAGCAAACCGUAUUUUAUAUUAAUUAAUGUUUUUAAUAUUUGGACAGAUUUUAAAAUGCUACGUUACAUUUGAGAUGCAUUCAACAAGUCGUGCUUGUCAGUGUUUGCCUACAGAUUUAAUGCCCACAAAUGAUGUUUCAUGCCCGCUGCUAAUGUUCAUUGCUAAACUGUAAUGUGGAGUCGUUUCAUAUGUAAAUUGUGUGAUGUGUUUGCUUUAAAAUACCAAAAAUUCUUCAGUACUAUGCAAAUACAGUGUCUGGCUUCAAUUUGAAUUGGACAUGCACUUCUUGAAAAUAGUUUGUAUUAUUAGAUUAUUAUAAAGACAAGUGCAGUAAGUGACAUGUUCAUUAGUUUCAACGUUGGCUUCAUUUUGCAGGUAAACCAUUGACUAGUUGAAUGCAUCGCAAUUAGUUUUUUAUAUUGUGUUCAUUUAUAUUCAGUUUUCCUCUGACCACAUCAUUAUUUGUCAGCCGUGGGCUAAAACUGAUUGAAUUUCACAACACAAGCUAUUUGAAAAGCUGUGUAAAAGUCAAGGGUUGAUAAACCCCCACAGGAAAUAAUCAAUACUUUUAUACACUCCUAUUAUUGUUUUUGCCUUUAGUAAGACAUAUGUAAUGACAAAAUGACAACUGAAACUAAAAUAGCAAAUUUAAAUCUUUUCUGUGUGGAUCCAGAGAUACAGCAGGUCUCAUUAUUUAAAGUUCAGACUGCUAAAAUAAAAAAUAAAAGUCAUAGGGAUAAUAAAAGGAUGUUUUAGGAAAGAUGCCCUAAAUUGAAGGUAAUCUAGAUUGCAGCAUAGCUGUGUUUGGACUGAGUGCAUUCGUGUAUGUGCAGUAUACUGUGGUUAAAUAUCAAGUGGGGUAACAGUAAGAGGUUAAGCCAGUAUGUGGGCCAGCUGCCUCAGACCCCUUACAGCUCAACGACAGAGAAGAUCAGAUCAGCAUCGAAACUGUUAAUCUAAUGCCGUGCUCAAUUGUGUGGAACGGAGUCAUAGCACGCAAUGCUAAUCCUCAGGCUUCAAGGGAUAAAUAUUGACAUUGUGCUGACUGAUACAAUCACAUCACAUCUGUUUGGCCUUUUCAGGCAGUGUGGCGUUGAUGUCACUGUAAAGUGAUAAAAUUUGAAAUCACAAGAUGAAUAUGAGAUAAGAGUGUAGAUGCAAGCUUAUUGUGGUAUCUGGACAAAUGAACUGAAUUCAAGCAGAGUUGUGUGUUGUGAUAUUGUAAUGACGUGAUGGCACUUACAGAAACUAUGGCUUUUCUGGAAUGCUUGAGUGCAUUAUAUCAUUUGGUUCUUGGAAAUAGUUUCCUGUGAAGUAAUGGAUCUCCCAUAUCUGAGGUUUAUGUAGAGUGCAGUCCAUUUAUAAAUGUAUCACAUUUCAUAUUUGUAUUUCAAUAACUGACCAUCUAGUGAGUCACUCAUUUGUGAGAGUGUUUUUAUUACUUGCAUUGCCAGUGACAAAAUUAAUUUAAAGCAGACUUUAAGUGCACUUAUCAGGCUAAAUGGAUAGUUCAAACCUUUUUGUGGUUGCAUUGUUGUUUCCAAAUGAGAAUUUAAAGCACUUCAAAUAUCUUGAGCAGGACAGCCCGAUAUGGACAAAACCAUUGUCAUCACUUAUCUUUUCCCUGAUUCAGCCUGUCUGUAAUGUCUCUAACACAUGGUAAAGGUGUUGUAUCUUGUAACAUCUGCCUGAAACUUUGACAAAUUUGGAUGUACUGUACAUGUCAUUAUUUGCUUUAUGGUUUUAUAGCAGUGUAUACAUUUCAUGUAUCAUUUUUAAUAAAGAUUUUUUAUAAUGUUA